AUGCCCAUGUUGGCGGCCGUGCCGGCGAUGAUCCUCAUGGCCGACUCCAAGGUCGUGCAGUUCAGAUCGGGGAGCUUCUCGGUGGCUAUCGCCUUCACCUGGUCGAUGGUCACUUUCCCCACCUUCUGCCGAUUCGGCUCGUUAGAACCCUUCUCAACCCCUGUUUGACAGAAAACACAGAGGCCCGGCUGUUAGUGACGGGGAAGAACUAGGGUUUUUCUUUCUUGAUCUUCAGCCCUCUGUGCCCUUCCUUCAUUCAAAAGCAAUCCAUAACCUACCUUUGUUGGGUUCUUGAGGUUGUUAAAAUAUAAAAAUAUAAAAAAAUCAUGUCAAAAACAAGAAAUUUGACCUUUUUUUUCAUCAAACCAGAGAAUAAUAUUUGGUUUGACCAAGGAAAAUGGGUACAAAAUAAGGAAAAAAUCACCAUUAAGUAUAUAAUUAGCAGCAACAUCUUUCUGAGGAAUGACUCAUGAACUUAGGCCGGUCAAACUAAGUUAUAUCACCAUGGUGCGGUCCCCUUAUUCCUCUGCAACUGCCUGAUCAGGUAUACUGGCUAGAUCAAAUAUCCGUCCCAUCGUUGACCAAUUCACACAGACGACGACGACAACGACAGCGAGAAGAGAGAGAUUUGCAUGAGUGAAAGCAAUCUACACAGCUGCCACUGCGAAGUCUGA